CUACUCCAUCGAAUACUGUGGACUACCCCCCACCCGGGUGUUGUACUCUCCGCCCCUCCCAAGAACCAAAAACCAACCUAUUAAUUCUCCAGAACGCUCACAAACACAACACGCAGUGAAAAUGGAAGAACCCAAAAACUCAGCGUAUCAAAAAGAGGAAGAAAAGAAUCCCAUUAUAGUUUUCUUUUUAAACUUGCUUGGUGCAAUUAAGCUGCCUUUCCCACUGAAGAAUAAUGGUGCUAAGGUUGAGCCAGCCGGCGGCGCUGCUGCUGGAGGCGAAGGGGCAAUCAAGGUUGAACCAGCCGUGGUGGAAGAUGAAAGUAAUAAGCCUGCUGUUGUGGCGUUUCCGAGGCAGAGCUUUCCUCCGUUGAAGCUGGAAGCCGAGGCUGAGGAAGGUGAACGGAGUACCAAUCCUGUACUCCUAUGGCAGGUUUAUGCUAUCGGAGGAUUUUUCAUUUUGAGGUGGGCAUGGACAAGGUGGAAUGAGCGGAAAGGACAGAAGAAGUCUGACGAUGAGCCUCCACCAGCUCAUGAUUAGCCUUAUUCCAUUAGGGCGAAAGUUUCCGUCGCUUGUAAUCAUCUACUCUUCUUAAAAAAGUGUAGUUCUUUGACCUUACACUGAAAAUGUUAAUCUUUCAGUCAACUGCUCAGCUCAAGGUUCAUUUAAUCUUCCACAUUUUCUCAAUUAUCAGCAUCA